CCGAAUUGAAAAUAAGUGCAAGUUUCUAAAACAUGAUUCUAUUCAAAAAAAAAGCUAACGUCGCUGAAGAGCCUAAAGAAAAGAUCUACGAUGUCGAUGAUUUUUUGAAGCUAGCCGUGAAUUUCUACAAUACUAUGGGCAUUGAUCCCUAUGAAACUGGCAGAAAAUGGAGUAUUUGGUUUCAACUAUAUUUUGCGGCGAACCUAAUUAACAUGGUCUACAGUUUUUUUGCUGAGGCAGCGUACCUGGCGAACACGUUACGCGAUAGUGAAAAUUUGCUGGAGAGCUGCAUGGUAUUGAGCUACUGGACCUUUGUGAUCAUUGGUCUUUCAAAGAUAUGUGCUGUAAUGUAUCGAAAGCCAAAGCUGACCAGUUUGGUUAAGCAAUUGAAGUCCUGCUUUCCGUCAAGUGCAAUGGAUCAGGAGGAAUAUGAUGUGAAGUCCUGUCUGAAACGCACCCAUAUGUACACCAAGGGGUUUGGUGUCCUCUACACGGUCAUGUAUUUCGCCCACACCCUAAUACCAAUAUUCGUAUACUUCAGUGAAAAACUGCUGCUUAAGUAUCCGGAUGCCAAGCAGAAUAUGCCAUUUUACCAAUGGGAACCUUGGGAAUGGCGUGACAAUUGGUGGUUUUAUCCAACCUACUUCCACCAGUCGCACGCCGGAUAUACGGCUACAUGUGGAUCCAUCGCCGGUGACCUCAUGAUCUUCGCUGUGGUCCUGCAGGUCAUCAUGCACUACGAUAGACUGGCCAAGGUGCUUAGGGAGUUAAAGAUUCAAGCUCUUAACAAUCCCAAUGCAGUUGAUGAGGAUCUCAAGAAGUUGCAGUCCCUAAUCGCCAAUCACAUUGAUAUACUUCGACUCACCGACUUUACGAACGACGUGUUUGGAGUUUCCUUGCUGCUCAACUUUGUUGCCUCUUCGCUGCUCGUCUGCCUGGUGGGAUUUCAAUUAACCAUCAAAUUCAGUCUGCAGUAUUUUGGCAAGCAGGUGCUACUACUGGUUUCCGUUUUGUUCGAGGUCUAUCUCCUCUGCUCCUUCAGCCAGAAGCUAAUGGAUGCUAGCGAAAACGUGGGCAUUGCGGCCUACGAUAUGGACUGGCAAGGUGCCGACAAACGAUUCAAGAAAAUGUUAAUCUACAUAUCCAUGCGAGCCCAGAAGCCAGUUUGCCUAAAAGCCACAAUUGUCUUGGAUUUGUCCAUGUCGACUGUGACCAUUUUUCUUGGCAUGACGUAUAAGUUCUUUUGUGCUAUAAGAACUAUGUAUCAAUAAAUGCUGAUAUGUAUUACUAAGUAUAAAUUAAUUAUGCCAGCACAUAUUACUCAAAUGUAGAAUGCAUAAAUAAAU